AUGGGCGCUCUACUGAAAUUCGUGUUCUUCGAAGACAUGAAGCAGAAAGCACUUCAUUCUGGUGAGACAGCACCUUCUGGUGCCUCCCAGGUAUCAACAUCAAGUGGAGUUCUGCGCACGCAUACGAUGUGGGCUCCGAGCAAGUUCACAGUGCCAAUUGGGCACAAAGUGGAUGAGAGUGAUUUCCGUGUGAUGCACCACUACGCCGACUGCUCGCGAACGGUUGUUGGCUCCUACAAGGCCAAGCUAGAAGACCCGCUAUCACGGCGACAUAACUUGAUUGACAACGAACUUUGCUACUACGGCCGCCGCGUGCGCACGUGGGCGGAGAUAACGUCGCCGCAAUGUGCAGAAAAGGAGAAAGCUCUAGCACAAUCACGGCGUGACGUCGUCG